AUGGGAAAUCUACCCACAACGGUUAAGCACUGCCUGAGCUACGAGCAACUCAUCCAGGACUACCCAUGGCUGAGACGCUGGUUGGUGGAGGAGGCAGAGAGUGCUUCAGAGUAUCCAAAGUGUGUGAAAAUAGUUGAAGUUGGGCCCAGAGACGGACUCCAAAACGAAAGGGAAAUUGUUGCAACAGCCGUGAAAAUCCAGCUGAUAGACAUGCUCUCAGGAUCAGGCCUGCGUGUGAUCGAGGCCACCAGCUUCGUCUCCUCAAAGUGGGUACCACAGAUGGCUGACCACACUGAGGUUCUCACAGGAAUCCAGAGAGCACCUCGUGUUCAGUACCCGGUACUGACACCCAACAUGCAAGGCUUUCGAGACGCUGUUGCGGCAGGAGCUAAUGAAGUGGCGGUGUUUGGCUCAGCAUCUGAGACCUUCAGCAUAAAAAACAUAAAUUGCUCUAUCGAUGAAAGCAUGAAGAGGUUUGAUGAGGUCGUCAAGGCGGCCAAAGAACGAACAAUUCCGGUCCGGGGAUAUGUUUCCUGUGCCCUUGGAUGCCCUUACGAAGGACAUGUCGAUCCAUCCAAAGUUGCCGAGGUGGCCAAGAGAUUAUAUGAGAUGGGAUGCUAUGAGGUCUCCCUUGGGGACACCAUCGGUGUGGGCACUCCGGGCUCCAUGUGUAAGAUGCUGCAGAGCGUAAUGAAGGAGGUUCCGGCCAGCGCGCUUGCAGUUCACUGCCAUGACACAUAUGGCCAAGCGUUGCCAAACAUACUCACCGCACUUCAGAUGGGAGUCCGCGUCGUGGACUCCGCAGUGGCCGGUCUGGGAGGUUGCCCGUAUGCUCAGGGUUCAUCUGGCAAUGUUUCAACAGAGGAUGUUCUCUACAUGCUCCACGGCAUGGGCAUCCACACUGGGGUAAACCUUGCCAAAGUCCUGGAGGCAGGUGACUUCAUCUGCGCUGCUCUUCAUCGCAGGACAAACUCCAAGGUUGCUCAGGCAAGAAGCGGGAUGCCAUGA